AUGGAAAAUUUCACAAACAGUCAAAAACUGUUCCAGAAUACUACAAGCAGCAAUGAAGGGGUGAAUCAAGAUAACACUUAUAAUAAGACGCUGAUGAGCAUUGUAAGCGUACUACUUUUUGCAGCACUCAUGUUGAUCAUGGUUUCCAUGGGCUGCACUGUUGACCUGAAGAAGCUGUGGGCUCACUUGAAGAGACCCUGGGCACUAGCUGUAAGCAUGGUUUGCCAGUUUGUGUUUAUGCCACUCAUUGCCUUUACCCUUACAAUUUCUUUUGCAUUGAAACCUGCUUCAGCAAUUGCUGUCCUUAUUAUGGGCUCAUGCCCUGGAGGAACUAUUUCAAAUGUAAUGAGCUACUGGACUGAUGGGGACAUGGAUCUCAGUAUUUCCAUGACUGUUUGCUCCACAUUCCUGGCCAUUGGUUUCAUGCCAUUGAGUCUUUAUAUUUACUCAACCACCUGGACAGAAGAAUUCAACAGUUCCAGCAUUGCAUCACAAGCAAGGAACAUCACAGUGCCCUAUAAGGAGAUAGGCACGUCAUUGAUCAGUUUGAUCAUCCCAAUAUCAUUUGGAAUUUUUGUGGCAAGGAAAUGGCCAAAACAAUCAAAAAUCAUUCUGAAGGUUGGAACUGGCAUAGGUGCAUCCAUAUUAAUUGUUUUAGCAGUGGUAACCUCACUACUGCACAAAGGCCCGUGGAAUGCAGAUUUACCAUUGUUCAUUAUUGGAAUCAUCAACCCACUGAUUGGUUACAUGACUGGUUUUAUUUUGGCUGUGCUUGUACAGCAAUCAUGGACCAGAUGUCGAACUAUAGCAUUAGAAACAGGAAUACAAAAUGGAAACCUAUGUGCAACAAUCCUAAUGAUAUCCUUCAAGGAACAGCUCUCCUCCAUGUUUGCAUACCCUUUCAUUUAUAUUUGCUUUCAAAUAUUUCAUGGAUUAGUGUUUGUAACAGCUUACCAGAUAUACAAAAGACUUAAAAAGCCCUCUGCUGGACCUAUGGAUUCAUCUCAGUCUGUAAUAUAAGGGAAGAAGAAUAUCAAAACCCAAAGCAGGGAGGACAAGGCACCAGCUCAAAGCAUUACUUCUAAAAUGUCUGAAUCAAUAUAGCAAGCAGAUUUGAACUCUUCAGAGAUCAACAGAUGAUAUAGAAUGAGUAGAUUUCUUUCUGUAAUAACUGCUGAUUACCUUCCCAGUUCUUUAUAACGUCUGAUUUACUCCGUAUUCCCUUUAAUUCUGACUUUGCUGGUAUGAUGCACAAGGGCAUUGCCAAUCAAAAAUGAAUGUUCAAACAUUUGCCCACUUCAACUCAGGUGCAUCAGUGGCAGCAUUAGGAACGAGUUAAACUAGAAGUUCAGCAACUCAGUAUUACUAAAAAAGUGGCUGAAUUUUAAAAAAGACAUUAAGGUUUCAAUAAAAUUUAUGAGAAGAGAAUUUGAUAUUAGCACAUUAAGAGUUUGUACAAAAACAUCUCCCCUAGUAAUUUUGAGACUUAUCAUACAAGGGUGACAAUUGGCCUAAUUUUGCAAGUAUGUACUGGUGGCAGAGAAACUCUGUGGGAAGAAUUCCACCC